AUGCUUGAUCCAGGGUCAAUCAUCGCUCUCACGCAAAUCACAUAUGAAGGCGCCAAACGAGCUGUAGACCUAGUCCUCACAGCGAUACACUUUCCCAAAGACUGCGAGGAGUUGUUUGUGCAGCUGAAGCUCGAGCAGUUCCGUCUGCAGUGCUGGGGUCGAAGUGCGGGGUUGGAGCAAGGCAGACUCAUCGAGGCUCUACAUCCGAUCUUCCCGGAGAUACGAAACGCACUUGACUGCAUAAGUGCACUUUUCCAGGACUUGAAUAAGUUACAGGCAAAGUUUGGUAUCGUGUCUACGUCUGUGGAGGAUGUAGGUCACAGGCAAAAGGAACUAGCGUACAAGUGGAAUGAAGAGCUACAUAAGCAGGGCCUAGCACUUUCUGCUCGUCUACGAUGGGCAUUAGGGAACAAGUCCAAGUUCCGCGAGUGCGUGGCCGAGCUGGAAAGGUACACCAACAAACUAAACCAACUGUUACCAGAGCGGCAGAGCCUUCAGUACAAACAAGACUGGACAAGAGUGAACAUAAUAAUCGUCGGAAAGGCCGACGACGAGCACACUGUUUCCCUCCUACGAAAUGCCCUCGAAGGAAGUCCGGCGAUGGAAUCAUCACUCCGAGGGCUGGUGGACAGAAAGUCAGUCGCUGCAGCUCCGAGUACGACAAACUUCCUCCGAGGCAACCCACAGCUAGACAUAAGUGCUUUCUCUAUGCGUCCGGGAAUCCGGGACAAGGACAGAUUUAUCACAACAAGUAAAACUACUGGUGAGCUGGUUGUCUUUGAAAAGAAGUCGUGGGAUGAUGAACGGUCCAUGGCCAACCGCUCUAAACUCCAAAUGCGGCUUGGCCGACUUGUUGCGAUGCUCCGUCCAGGCAGAAGUGACUGCAUCUUGAAAGCCAUUGGUUUCGCAGAAGAUGAAAUCAGUAAAUGUUGGUGGAUCGUGUAUGAGAUGCCCUCUUUCAUAUCAAUGAAUCCUAACCUUCGUGUCAUGACGCUUCACGAGCGGUUGGGGCGUCAAUCUUUCCAUCUGGCUCCCCUCGAAGUUCGGAUGAAACUCGCCUUCUCGCUUGCAUCAGCAUACUCAGAGCUUUUUAGCAGUGGCUGGGUUCACAAGGCUAUUAGCAGCCACAGUAUCGUGUACUUUGGUCCUUACACUGAUAUACUUCGUCCUUCUGUUGUCGGUUUCGAAUUUUCUCGUCAGGACACCGAAGAGUCAAACGUUGAUGCCGCCAAGGCGCCGGCACAAGUCGAAAGGAGCAUCUACCGACAUCCUGAUUAUAUCGGUAGCGAGGCAAUGAGAUACAAGACGCAAUAUGACAUUUAUUCGUUCGGCCUCGUGCUGAUAGAGAUUGCGUUCUGGCAGCCACUAAAGGAUGUCUGUCCUUACGCCAAGGGGGAUAUCUUUGGCAAAGAAGAGGCCAAGAAUGUACAGAAAUGGGCAGUUCAUGUUGCAGACACACAGUUUGCUUUCAGAGUUGGUACUGCGUAUGCCAAUGUUGUGAGCUGGUGUCUCAAGAGUGGAGCGAGAGUUAGCAAAGACCAAGAGGACUGGCAUCCAGCUUUGGCGUUCAAUGACCAUGUUGUUGUCCCACUUUCUAGAGUAUAA